AAAACCCUCAUCCUGUCAAUAUGGAAUGGAUUUAGCAAGGUGUGGCUUCAAUGGUGGUCUGACACAAUGGGUUUGGGUCAGGACGACAUAGGAAGUUCGGAUCUGUGGAAGAGGAUGGGUUUGGGGUUGCCGGCUGGAUUAGGGUUAGCCGGUCCACGAUUUAGAUUUAGGGUUGGGUGAAUGUGUUUGAUGAUUGGUGGAGAUGGGUGUGUUGGUUGAAGGUUUUAGUAUUGAUGUGUGUGCCAGAUGAAGAUGAAUAUGAGACGAAUGGGGAUAAAGGCCCUGUUCGAGUGCUAACAGGUAUGUGGAUCUCAAUCAGAUAGGCAGUGCAGGUGGAUCUUCUUCUGCCAAAUAAAUCCAUUGGAUUUCUAGGUAUGUGGAAGUCGACCAGAUAGCAGUGCUAAUGAUUUCAUUAUUUAUUUGUUGGGUGGCUCUAUGAUGUUUGCAUUGAAAUCAUUCAAGCGAAUUGGCUCAAAAUCCCUCCAAUUGUGGAAUUCAAUCAUGGCAGGAUUUGUCAACUGUAAGCAGCCACGGGAAGCAUUUAACGUUUUCCACCUGAUGGCAAUGCAACAAGGUUACCAGUUGGAAGCUAUCCCCAAGGUUUCUCUAACUCCUCUGCUUUCUGAAUGCAGUCCAUCAUCAUCAACUGGAUUGGCAAUCCAUGCUCAUGUUUGCAGAAUUGGCUUGGACUCUGAUACAUCAGUGAAAAAUGCGCUCAUAGCCAUGUAUGCUAGGAGAGGCAACAUAGAGCUGUCUGAGAGGGUUUUCAGAAGAAUUGCUGACAAGGAUGUAGUUUCUUGGAAUACCAUGUUUUCGAGCUAUGCUCGCAACCAUGAUUUUGAUCAGGCUUUCAAAAUAUUCCACCAGAUGCACAGUGGGGACGUAAAACCCGAUGAGUUCAUGCUUGCAUCCAUCCUCAGUGGAUGUGGGCAUUUAGCAGCUUUCCGACAAGGGAUGGGGAUACAUACCUGCAUGGUAAGGAGUGGAUUCACCAUCGAUUUCUGUGUCAUCCAAAAUGCCCUCAUGGAUAUGUAUGGGAAAUGCGGGUGCGUAGAAGAAGCGAAGAAGGUGUUUGACGAAAUGAAACUAAAAGAUAUCGUUUCAUGGAACACCAUGAUCUCCUGCUACGGUAUAAAUGCUCGACCCCGUGAGGCCUUCCUGUUCUUCGAAGAGAUGCAUGAGCAUGGAUGGAAGCCGACACAUGUCACAUUCAUCGCCCUAUUAUCGGCCUGCAGCCAUGCGGGCCUAGUUGACGAGGGCCUACUUUUAUCUGAAACCAUGUCUAGCAAGCAUGGGAUAUCUCCUGACAAUGAGCACUACGCCUGCAUUGUCAAUAGUCCAGGUAGAGCUGGACACCUCAAUGUUGCAUACCGACUGAUCAAAAGCAUGCCCAUGGAACCUGACGACUGCAUUUGGGGCACUCUGCUCAGCAGUUGUAGGAUCCACAGAAAUGUCUUCCUGGCCGAAGUCAAAGCUAGGCAUCUGAUCGAAUUGGAACCCUGUCAUUCUGGGUACCGUGUCCUGCUCAUGAAUGUGUAUGCAGAUGCAAAGAGAUGGGAUGAUGUCCCACAGGUCCAAGCAGGCAUGAAAGAUGAUGGUGUGAAGUGCCAUGACUGCAGUUGGAUUGAUGUUGGCGGUGAUCUUCAUAGAUUCUAUACAGAAGACAAGUCCCGCAAACAAUGGACUGCCAUAUGCUUUACCCUGGAUGGGUUAACAGAGCAAUUGAAAGCAGAAGGUUAUAUCCCUACAAUCGAGUCUAAAUUCGUUUCCCUUGAUCAAGUAAAGAUGUCAAGGUUCACGUAAAGAGGCACUUCAUUUGCCCAUGUUCUAGGAUGUUUCUGCAACCUAAGACUCUGUGGGGCUAGCGAGAUAUCUGUGUGACAUGGACUCUGUUCCACCAGUGUCUCCAGCUCAUUUUAGGAUGUGAGCCCAAAACUGAUGCAGAUCCUCAAGUGGGCCACGCCACAAGAAACAGUUGGUAUUGAAUGCCCACCAUGGAAAGCUUUUUUGGAUGAGGCUGAUAUCUGUGUUGCCCCUUCAUCCUGGUGGGAAUCAUUAGUGAUGAAGCUUUUUUUUAUAUGUUGCUUCUGGAUAAGACUUGCCAGCAUGUCACAUGUAUUGAACCCAAAAAUGAAGCAGAUCAAAUCUCAGGUGGUAGCAAUGCCAUGGGAGUCGAAAAACCAUCCGACCUUUUCACGUAGAUGAGAAGAUAGGUCUCCGACAAGAUUUGCAGUUGAAAACCAGCCUAUUACCGGCUUUGGAGUGGCUAAAGUUUUAAAAUCAGGACAUCCUGACUUCAAGGAAGACGACUUGAUUUGGGGGAAGACUGGAUGGGAAGAGUUCACUCUAAUAUCAGAGCCCAAGACCAAGAAGAGAAUAUACAUACACGAGCAGAAUUUGAGGGUUUCAAAAUGAACCUCAUAUACUAUGAUCUGUAUCAGGCCACUCGACUCAAGCACUUUGUAACAGG